CAUCGGUCAAAUCAGAAGCGCUGCGAGCGUCUCAAGCCUAAUACCAUGCGGCUAGCAGCACCACUCUGCUGCCUAGCCACCACAAGUCGAGCGCUCAUCGCACCUGCACGACGCUUGACGCCCCGGAGGAUGAUGUCGGAGGCGCAAAUCCGCCGAACGCUGCUGAGUAGGGCGCUCAUGGCACCAGCACUGCGACAAAGGACGCGCUUGUACUCGGAGACGCAAAUCGACAACCUCGAGCGCAGCUGGAACAUCAGCCGCGACCCGGAGCGGAGCGAGCUCUACCAGGACAUACUAGCGACGGCGGCGGCCGCGACCGCCGCCUGCUGGGCGCUCGCGUUGGUCACGCUCGCGCUCUCGCCGCCGCGGCGUACGGCGACGGCGGCCAAAAUAGGCGCCCGCCUCGCCGCGGCGCGCGGCUGGCGCGGCGUCGCCGCGACGUGGCUCGCCGGCGCGAGGUGGGUCGCGGCGCCGCCGCUGGCCGGCGCCCUGCUGGCGCUCGGCGCGCGCGGCGUCCGGUCGGGCGUCGGCAUGCGCACGGAGCGCUGGCACCGGCUCGCGACGGCGCCGCUCGCGAUCGCGUUCCUGCCGCUCGCGGUCGUGCUCUACGUCGACGCGGAGCUCUCCGCGCGGCUCCCGCUGACGUCGAACGAGAUGGACGGCGGGAGCUUAUUGAUGCGCUGCGCGUUUGGGGCCUGCAUCCCCUUCUUCCUGCUCUUCGCCGUCGGCGCGAACGUCGUGAGGGGCGCGCGGCGGCUCGUCCGGCGGCCGUCGCCGCCAAGUGACUAA